CCUUUAUCUCUGCAUCUAUUGCCCCUCUCACAAUCUCUCUCCUCUCUGUGUCACUCACUCUCUAGAAUGCCUCUAUUCUUGUGUGUCGGUCGCAUAACCAUAGAAACAUAGAGAAGAAAAGAGAAAGAGAAGCAUUGAUAGGGCCAAUUGUGAGAGAGAAGUUUUCUAUGUUUGGGGGAGAGAGAUCUGCACUAUAAACUAGUGUAUUCUCACUCAAUCAAGAAGGGGCAUUGCCAUUUCAACACCAUACAAAAAGUACACACCAUCACUCCCACUGUUUUUCUCUCCUAAGAGUAAGAACCACAUACAUUGUUGCGAAAAUGGUCGAAUCUCAGCCCAAGUUCUUCAUCCCAGAGUCGUUCCAGGGAGCGAAUUUCGACUUGGCUGCGCAGAUUAGAAUGGUGUGGGAAGUGAUCAAGGCGCCACUCAUCGUGCCUCUGCUGAACGUGGGCGUGUACAUUUCCCUCGCCAUGGCCCUCAUGCUCUUCAUGGAGAGGGUCUACAUGGGCAUCGUCAUCAUCCUCGUUAAACUCUUCUGGAAGAAACCUCACCAGCGUUACAAGUUCGAUCCCCUCGAAGAAGACGAGGAACUCGGAAACACCAAUUUCCCCGUCGUGCUCGUUCAGAUUCCAAUGUUCAACGAAAAAGAGGUGUACAAGGUGUCGAUUGGGGCAGCUUGUAAUCUUUCAUGGCCUUCGGACCGUCUCGUGAUCCAAGUGCUUGAUGAUUCUACUGACCCUACAGUGAAGCAAAUGGUGGAGACGGAAUGCCAGAGAUGGGCGAGCAAGGGCAUAAACAUAGUGUACCAAAUCAGAGAAACGAGAGGAGGCUACAAAGCUGGUGCUCUAAAAGAAGGCCUUAAACGUAACUACGUCAAACACUGCGAAUACGUGGCUAUUUUCGAUGCAGAUUUCCGUCCUGAGCCUGAUUUUCUAAGACGUUCCAUUCCUUUCUUGGUUGGCAACCCCGACAUUGCUCUUGUUCAAGCUCGUUGGAGAUUUGUGAAUUCAGAUGAGUGUUUACUAACAAGAAUGCAAGAGAUGUCAUUGGAUUACCAUUUCACAGUCGAGCAAGAAGUUGGGUCAGCCACUCAUGCUUUCUUUGGUUUCAACGGAACUGCUGGUGUGUGGAGAAUAGCUGCUAUCAAUGAAGCUGGAGGGUGGAAAGACAGAACAACAGUGGAAGAUAUGGACCUUGCUGUUCGUGCUAGUCUUAGGGGAUGGAAAUUUUUGUACCUUGGGGACCUCCAGGCUAAAAGUGAGCUUCCUAGUACUUUGAGAGCCUUCAGAUUCCAGCAGCAUCGAUGGUCUUGUGGUCCUGCUAACUUGUUCCGCAAAAUGGUGAUGGAGAUAGUGAGGAACAAGAAAGUGAGGUUUUGGAAGAAAGUGUAUGUUAUAUACAGCUUCUUCUUUGUUCGUAAAAUCAUAGCCCACAUGGUUACCUUCUUCUUCUACUGUGUUGUAAUCCCCCUUACAAUUUUGAUCCCUGAGGUUCAUGUUCCAAUAUGGGGAGCUGUUUACAUUCCUUCCGUCAUCACCAUUCUCAAUUCAGUUGGAACACCAAGGUCCAUUCACCUUCUGUUCUAUUGGAUCCUUUUUGAGAAUGUAAUGUCUUUGCACCGUACCAAGGCAACAUUUAUAGGUUUGUUAGAAUAUGGAAGGGCCAAUGAAUGGGUUGUAACUGAAAAACUUGGUGACUCUGUCGCCAAUAAUAAGAAUAAAUCAGGAGAUGCUGCCAAGAAGAAUAAUGUCAUCAAGGCCCCCAAAAAGACUCGAUCCAAGUUUGUUGAAAGACUCAAUUUACUGGAACUUGGAUUUGCGGCAUUCCUCUUCGUAUGUGGAUGCUAUGAUUUUGUGCAUGGGAAACACAACUACUUUAUCUACCUCUUCCUUCAGACCAUUACCUUCUCAAUUGUGGGAUUUGGCUACGUUGGCACCAUUGUGUAAAGCUGGUUGAACCAACAUCUCAAGUUACUUAAGUUUCAUCAGUGUUGUGUCCAUAUUUUUCUAGUUUCUCCUCUAAAAAAAUCAAGGGGAGCUGAUUUCUUCAAGCAACAAAACGCUGUACCAAACCAUCCACAGCUAGUUAGAGCAAAUCAUUUUCAAUUUCGGAAAGCAAAAGUACUUUCCAUGAUUUCAUUGUCAUCAAUCAAGAAGAUACAGAUCACAGGCAAAGUGCUGUUGUUACUAGAAUUGCAUUAUACAGAUGAAGAUCUACCAAAAAGCACUUAAGUUAGAGCCUUAGACAUGAAGUAGACAGUGUGAUUUUGUUUGCAUAGAUUGUUUUGUGAGAUUCUAUAGUUAUAUAUUUCGUGAGUCCUUUAUUUUUUAGGUUUGCUUAGUCUGAGCCAAAUAAACUGGUGGAUAAAAAUGCGCUUCUAAUUCAGGUUAUUUGUCAUUUUUCCCCCCAAGCAAUGGAUUUUAUUUAUCAUUCAUGCAAUCAUUUGAUGCUUUAAUUGA